UAGAGGGCUUUUUAUACUUGCAACCAAAAAUCUCUGCAAAUCACAAGUUUAGGACGGAAAAUGGUGAGAUUGAACAGAGCCUUAUUGAAAGAAGCACGGAAUGGAAUUAACAAGACUCUCUUUGAAGUUUUGGUCUGCCCACUCUCCAAGCAGCCCUUAAGGUAUUGUGAGGAAACGAACUCUCUUAUCAGUGAUGCUAUUGGUGUCUCUUAUCCUAUAAAAGAUGGGGUUCCUUGCCUGGUUCCAAGAGAUGGAAAAAUUCUUGAAAAUGAUGGUGCUGCUGAUUCAUCUGUUAUUAGUAAGGAGUGAUGAUGAGGUUCUAUUACAAGGGGAAAGAAAUGUGAAUCGUAACCAGUCUCUAAGAGGCCAUAAAUCAUCUUCUCCACACCUUCGAGGUUUCAAUCAAGUGUUGAGCUGCAGUGAAGUUCAACUGUUAAUAAUUAAUACACAUCUAUUUAAUUCAUUGAAAUAUAAACAAUGAUAUUAGACUUUCUUGUUAUUCAGAUGUGUUGAUAAGAACUUGACAGAAAAAGGGCUGUAUUUGUUCAUUCUUGAGCACCAUUUGUUGGUGACAGACAAUAAUUCUUACUAUUCAGGAACCCAAUUGAACAGCAUUCAGUUUGUU